AUGCUCGGCUUCAAGAGGUCAAAGUCGAACCAGUACGAGAGCACGUCGCUGGUGCAGGUCGAGGGGGUGAACACCAAGGAGGACGUGGCGUGGUACGCCGGGAAGCACCUGGCAUACGUGUACAAGGCCAAGACCAAGAGCAACGACACCCACUACCGCUGCCUCUGGGGCAAGAUCACCUGCCCUCACAGCAACUCCGGUGUCGUCCGUGCCCAGUUCGAGUCCAACCUCCCCGCGGAGUCCAUGGGGCGCAAGGUCAGAGUGUUCAUGUACCUGAGCAGCAUCUAA